UUACAGGUCUCCGUGUCAUUCGAGGAUGUGACUGUGGACUUCAGCAGGGAGGAGUGGCAGCACUUGGACCCUGCUCAGAGACGCCUGUACCAGGAUGUGAUGCUGGAGAACUACAGCCACCUGCUCUCAGUGGGGUAUGAAGUUCCCAAACCAGAGGUCAUCUUCAAGUUGGAACAAGGAGAGGAGCCAUGGAUUUUGGAGAGAAAAACCCCACAUCAAAGCUGUUCAGAUGGGAGGUUUAGGAUUAAGACCUCACAAAAAAGAAUUUCUGGAAAAGCUUCAUUUCAUAGUGAGAUGGAGGGUGAAGAUACAAGAGAUGAUUCAUUGUAUUCCAUUUUAGAAGAACUGUGGCAAGAUUCUGAACAGAUAAAAAGAUAUCAGGAAAAACAGAGCAAACCUCUGAAUCAUGCUGCUUUCAUCAAUAAGAAAGUACUGAAUACAGAGUGGGAUUUUGAAUAUAAAGACAGUGGAAAAUUUGUUCAUCCAAGCCCAAAUCAUAUUCCUUCACAGAAAAGACCCCAUAAAUGUGACUCAUUGGGAAAGAGUUUUAGGCAUAAUUUGGACAUACAUAUUCCUGGUAAAAACAAUGCAACAAAGAACUUUGAUAAAAAUACUGGACAUGGUCAAGUUUUCACACAGAGCUCUUCUUAUACUAACCAUGAAAAUACUCAUACAGGAGUGCAAUUCUGUGAAAGUAAUCAUUGUGGAAAAGUCCUCGGUCUCAAACAAGCAUUCAGUCACAAUCUGAAGCUUCCUGUUGGGGAGAAAGCAGAUAUGUGUUCUGAAUUUGGGAAGAUCUUCACCCAGAAGUCACACCUCUUUGCACCUCAGAGAAUCCACACUGUGGAAAAACCUCAUGAACUUAGCAAAUGUGUAGAUGUGUUUACACAGAAGCCACUACUCAGUAUAUAUCUGAGAGUUCAUAGAGAUGAAAAACUGUAUAUAUGUACUGAAUGUGGGAAGGCAUUCAUCCAGAAUUCAGAACUAAUUGUGCAUAAGAAAACUCAUACUAGAGAAAAACCCUAUAAAUGCAAUGAAUGUGGAAAAUCAUUUUUCCAGGUGUCCUCUCUACUUAGGCAUCAGACAACUCACACUGGAGAAAAACUCUAUGAAUGCAGUGAAUGUGGGAAAGGCUUCUCCCUGAACUCAGCCCUCAACGUACAUCAGAAAAUUCAUACUGGAGAGAGACACCACAAAUGCGGUGAGUGUGGGAAAGCCUUUACCCAAAAAUCAACACUCAGGAUGCAUCAGAGAAUUCAUACAGGAGAGAGAUCUUACAUAUGUACUGAAUGUGGGCAGGCCUUCAUCCAGAAGGCGCACUUGAUUGCCCAUCAAAGAAUCCAUACUGGAGAGAAGCCUUAUGAAUGCAGUGACUGUGGGAAAUCUUUCCCUUCUAAGUCACAACUCCAGAUGCAUAAGCGAAUUCACACAGGAGAGAAACCCUAUAUAUGCACUGAAUGUGGGAAGGCCUUUACCAACAGGUCAAAUCUCAAUACUCACCAGAAAUCUCAUACAGGAGAGAAGUCUUAUAUAUGUGCUGAAUGUGGAAAGGCCUUCACCGACAGGUCAAAUUUCAAUAAACACCAGACAAUUCAUACCGGAGAGAAACCCUAUGUUUGUGCUGAUUGUGGGAGGGCCUUCAUCCAGAAGUCAGAGUUAAUUACACAUCAGAGAAUUCAUACUACAGAGAAGCCUUAUAAAUGUCCUGAGUGUGAGAAAUCCUUCUCCAAGAAACCACAUCUCAAAGUACAUCAGCGAAUUCACACAGGAGAGAAACCAUACAUGUGUGCAGAAUGUGGGAAGGCCUUCACUGACAGGUCAAAUUUCAAUAAACACCAGACAAUUCAUACUGGAGAUAAACCCUAUAAAUGCAGUGACUGUGGAAAGGGCUUCACCCAGAAAUCGGUCCUGAGUAUGCAUCGCAAUAUUCAUACAUGAAAGUAACCCUUUUUCUUACAAAUGAGGAAAGCCUUAUCACAGAAGUCAGGUCCAAGUGUGUGUCAUAAAACUCAUCCAAGACAGAUCCUAUAUGAAUACACUGCAUGAUAAAAAGCAUCCAUCAGCCUCUCCCUGAGAUAAGAAAAAUUAUUCAAAAGAGACCCUCUAAGAAUGCAUUGAAUAAAAGGGACUUCUCAUAUUUGCAUGGUCUCACAAAAUAUAAUAGAAUUCAUACUGGGAAAAAUGCUGUCAGUUUGAUG